AAAGUGCAGGAUGUCUGAUUAUCUCCCGAAUGAAUGUUUGACAGAGAUACUGGUCAGAGUACCGGUGAAGUCACUGUUGAGAUUCAGCCAGGGUGAAAGGAGCAACCUGCUGGACCAGUUUAUUUUGUUUCGACAUUACUCCUCUUACGAGUAUUGUGAUGAAGACGACCAUGGUUUUCGAACUUAUGUCACUACCAAUGAUGAAGAGUGCUUUGCUUUGCACAAAGAUGAUGAAUCCUUCCCCCACAAUCCCACCUUGAAACUCAAGCCGGCACACAAAUUCUCGUCGGAGUACUUCCGGAUUGUGGGCUCCAUGAAUGGGAUAGUCUGCAUGGUCGCAAGGUCGGAGUGUUUUUUCUGGAACCCUUCUUUGAACAAAACAGUGAAGACCUCCUUUCAAACAGGCUUUCCAUCGUGGUUUCCUGUUAAACAGAUUCUUGGUUUUGGCUGUGACCACAUUACCAAGGACCUCAAGCUGGUAAGACUUUUCUAUUCCAAGGAAGAAAACCAUUAUGUUGUUCCACCUCUAGUCGAGAUUUUCACCCUCAGUACUAACUCAUGGAGAGAAGUUGCCGCCCCCAGUCCUAUGUAUAUUCUGGUGCAAAGUAAGUCUUCACCACAGGCCUUUAUGUCAGGUGCAUUCCACUGGGUUGCACAUACUCCACCAGGACAGGGUUCUUCGUGCAAUGUGAUCAUGGCCUUCGAUAUGGUCAAUGAGGUCUUUUAUGAAAUUGCACUUCCUAGCUGUUUAGCUUCGAAGCCUCACUUGAAUAUGACAGUGGUUUUGAUGAAUGGUUCACUAUCUCUGGUCCCGGAUAAUGAGGUCUGUUUAGAUUCAUACUACUCAGGCUCCGUGUGGAUCAUGAAAGAGUAUGGCGUGGUAGAAUCAUGGACUAAGCUAUUCGAUAUUGAUGUUGGCAAACAAGGAGUGAGUAGGGUGAUCACUUUCAGAAACAACGGAGAACUUCUAUUGAUCAAACGUUGGGAUGAACUGUUCUCAUAUGAACCCUAUACCCAAGAGAGUAGAGAUCUUCAUUUCGGUGGGUAUGUAAGAGAUUCUGAUAAAUCUACUUAUAAAAACGACUCAUAUUUUGUAGAUACUCACAUGGAGAGCCUUGUUUUGUUGAAUGAAUGCACUGAUGAAGAUUAA